AUGGCCCCCGUCAGGGUCACCGAGUGGCGCAAGUUGCCACUGAGCCUCACAGAGCUUUGUAUCGAUACAACACUGCGCUGCGGCCAAUCCUUUCGAUGGCGGAAGAUCAAUGACGAAUGGUGCUGCACGCUGCAUGGCCGAAUCAUCUCACUGAAGCAAGACCCGACUCACCUUCACUACCGCUCAAUCUGGCCCGCCGCAGCCCAGCGACCCCAAACCGCACCAACCGUGAAGACGGAGUCUCCAGAGGACGACACGGAGGAGCUGCUCAAGCACUAUCUCAGCUUGAAGCUGGACCUGACGAGCUUGUAUGAGCAGUGGUCAGAAGCGGACGCCAAUUUCCGCAAGAGGGCACCCAAGUUUGGAGGUGUCCGCAUGCUGAGCCAGGAUGCGUGGGAGGCCCUGAUCAGCUUCAUAUGCAGCAGCAACAACAACAUAUCCAGGAUAUCACAAAUG